UCUUUCAUGCUACUUUUCAAAUUUUCUACAAGACUGGCCCUACGUGACCUUACUUUCUUCCUUCCUUGUCCCUUUCCUUUCUUUCUCCUUCUUUUCUCUCCUCACUUGAGUGUGUGACACAGAUGGUACUCAUAGAGAAUUACUUUUAAUUGCUUGAGUUUGAUCCUUUGUUGUGUUCGUUCCAUUAAUUCUACUUCUUUGCAAGUCUUUUCCCUUGAUGAUCUGUUUUUUCUUUUUAAAAAAGAAGAAAACUAAAAAACACUUUGACCGAUCAUAGCUUAGGUUAAUUAUAUUUGUUGUUGGAAGCGAGCUGGUAUCAUCCAUGGAGGCGUCUAAGUGAUUAUCCCGAACCUUUCAUUCGUUUCUUUCUUUGCUUGCUGGAUUCCUUACAGAGCUAAAGGCCUUCUCCAUUUCAUUGAGCAAUCAGUACCAGUGCUUGUCGCACAUAUUUUCUCAAGUUGAGCUUAGGUUAAUUAUAUUUGUUGUUGGAAGCGAGCUGGUAUAUCAUCCAUGGAGGCGUCUAAGUGAUUAUUCUGAACCUUUCAUUCGUUUCUUUCUUUGCUAGCUGGAUUCCAUACAGAGCUAAAGGCCUUCUCCAUUUCAUUGAGCAAUCAGUACCAGUUCUUUUCGCACAUAUUUUCUCAAUUUAAGCCGUUUGUUUUCACUCAAACUAUCUCCGCACCAGUUGUUGAUUUUGGAUCAUUUCCCAAUUGAGGACGGAAGACUACGGGGAUUGAAGCAGACUUCAAGAGUGAUUUUUUGAGAUCAUUUCCCAAUUGAGGACGACAGACUACGGGAAAGAGGAGAUUGGUUGUGGUGGGGAUUGAAGCUGUGAUUUGGGAUCGCUUCAGGAUCUUCUGCUGAUAGGUUUAUCCAGCAGACUUCAAGAGCUUAGGUUAAUUAUAUUUGUUGUUGGAAGCGAGCUGGUAUCAUCCAUGGAGGCGUCCAAGUGAUUAUCCUGAACCUUUCAUUCGUUUCUUUCUUUGCUAGCUGGAUUCCAUACAGAGCUAAAGGCCUUCUCCAUUUCAUUGAGCAAUCAGUACCAGUGCUUUUCGCACAUAUUUUCUCAAGUUGAGCUUAGGUUAAUUAUAUUUGUUGUUGGAAGCGAGCUGGUAUCAUCCAUGGAGACGUCUAAGUGAUUAUCCGAACCUUUCUUUCUUAGCCGUUUCUUUUCACACAAACUAUCUCCGGACCGGCUGUUGAUUUUGGAUCAUUUCCCAGUUGAGGACGAAAGACUACGGGAAAGAGGAGAUUGGUUGUGGUGGGGAUUGAAGCUGUGAUUUGGGAACGGUUCAGGAUCUUCUGCUGAUAGGUUUAUCCAGCAGACUUCAAGAGCUUAGGUUAAUUAUAUUUGUUGUUGGAAGCGAGCUGGUAUCAUCCAUGGAGGCGUCUAAGUGAUUAUCCUGAACCUUUCAUUCGUUUCUUCCCUUGCUAGCUGGAUUCCAUACAGAGCUAAAGGCCUUCUCCAUUUCAUUGAGCAAUCAGUACCAGUGCUUUUCGCACAUAUUCUCUCAAGUUGAGCUUAGGUUAAUUAUAUUUGUUGUUGGAAGCGAGCUGGUAUCAUCCAUGGAGGCGUCCAAGUGAUUAUCCUGAACCUUUCAUUCGUUUCUUUCUUUGCUAGCUGGAUUCCAUACAGAGCUAAAGGCCUUCUCCAUUUCAUUGAGCAAUCAGUACCAGUGCUUUUCGCACAUAUUUUCUCAAGUUUAAGCUUAGGUUAAUUAUAUUUGUUGUUGGAAGCGAGCUGGUAUCAUCCAUGGAGACGUCUAAGUGAUUAUCCGAACCUUUCAUUCGUUUCUUUCUUUGCUAGCUGGAUUCCAUACAGAGCUAAAGGCCUUCUCCUUUUCUUCCUCCCGCUAUUUCAUUGAGCAUUCAGUACCAGUGCCUUUCGCACAUAUUUUCCCAAAUUAAGACCUGCGGAAAAUGGCUAUCGAAAGUGCUGGUGGAUCCAUUAUAGCUAUGCUAGCAGAACUCAUGGUGGAACCAGUAGGAAGGCAGUUCCGUUACAUGUUCUGUUUCAACAAUUUUGUUGAAGAAUUCAAAGAACGAAAGGAGAACCUUGCUUUAGCACUAGAUGGUCUGCAAAAAGAUGUCGAAGCUGCUGAAAGGAAUGCUGAAGAAAUUAAGAAAGGUGUCAAAAAGUGGCUGGAAGAUGCAAACAACGAAAUUGAAGCUGCGAAUCCCUUGGAAAAUGAAAUAGGAAAAAAUGGCAAAUGCUUUACUUGGUGCCCAAACUGCAUGCGACAAUUCAAGUUGAGCAAGGCACUGGCCAAGAAGUCGGAGACUUUCAGAAAACUUGGAGAAAUUAGCGAAAAGUUUAAAACAGUGGCCCACAAAGCUCAUCCUCAGCCCAUAGAAUUUCUCCCAUCAAAGGAAUUCACGCCCUCAGAAUCGUCAAAAGAAGCAUUGAAACAGAUCAUGAAAGCUCUCAAAGAUGACAACGUCAAUAUGAUCGGACUGUACGGCAUGGGAGGGGUGGGUAAAACCACCCUGGUGAAAGAAGUAGGCAGGAGAGCCAAAGAGUUGCAGCUUUUUCCUGAAGUUUUGAUGGCUACGGUGUCCCAGAAUCCAAAUGUCACAGACAUCCAGGAUCGACUGGCAGAUAAGUUAGGUCUGGAUAUUAAAGAAAAGAGUAAAGAAGGGAGAGCAGAUCGAUUAUGGCAGAGACUGAAGCAAGUGGAGAAGAUGCUUAUUAUCCUGGAUGAUGUUUGGAAACAUAUUGACUUGAAAGAGAUAGGGAUCCCAUUUGGUGAUGAUCACAGGGGUUGUAAGAUUCUUCUAACAACACGUCUUCAAGGCAUAUGUUCUUCUAUGGAGUGCCAGCAAAAAGUGUUUUUAAGAGUCUUACCUGAAGAUGAAGCAUGGGAUUUAUUCAGAAUCAAUGCAGGUUUACGUGAUGGGGACUCUACCUUGAACACAGUGGCAAGGGAGGUUGCGAGAGAAUGCAAAGGCUUGCCUAUAGCACUUGUGACAGUGGGAAGGGCUCUAAGAGAUAAAUCUGCAGUUCAGUGGGAAGUAGCGUCUAAACAGCUCAAAGACUCUCAAUUUCCGCGCAUGGAACAAUUUGAUGAACAAAAAAAUGCUUUUACAUGUCUUAAGUUGAGCUAUGAAAAUUUGAAGCACGAGGAAACCAAGUUAUGUUUCUUGCUAUGCAGUUUAUUUCCAGAAGAUUAUGACAUUCCAAUUGAGGACUUGAUGAGAUAUACAGUUGGCUAUUGGUUACAUCAAGAUGAGGAGCUCAUUGAAGAUGCAAGGAAACAAGUUUAUGUGGCAAUCGAAAACCUCAAAGAUUGUUGCAUGCUGUUGGGCACUGAAACUGAAGAGCAUGUGAAAAUGCAUGACUUGGUUCGUGACUUUGCUAUUCAGAUAGCAUCAUCAGAAGAAUAUGGAUUCAUGGUAAAGGCUGGCAUUGGGUUGGAGAAGUGGCCAAUGAGCAACAAAAGCUUUGAAGGUUGUACAACAAUUUCGUUAAUGGGCAAUAAACUAGCAGAACUUCCUGAAGGAUUGGUAUGUCCACGGCUCAAAGUUCUAUUAUUAGAAGUGGAUUAUGGUUUGAAUGUUCCUCAGAGGUUUUUUGAAGGGAUGAAAGAAAUUGAAGUUUUGUCUCUGAAGGGAGGGCGUUUGUCAUUGCAAUCACUUGAACUCUCAACGAAACUUCAAUCGUUGGUGUUGAUCUGGUGUGGAUGCAAGGACCUCAUUGGGUUGAGAAAGCUGCAGAGACUUAAGAUUCUUGGUCUUAGACGGUGCUUAUCCAUUGAAGAAUUACCUGAUGAAAUAGGAGAGCUCAAGGAGUUAAGGUUGUUGGAUGUGACAGGUUGUCGAAGGCUAAGAAGGAUCCCUGUGAAUUUGAUUGGAAGGUUGAAGAAGUUAGAAGAGCUGUUGAUCGGGGAUUGCAGCUUUGAUGGAUGGGAUGUUGUUGGAUGUGACAGCACAGGAGGAAUGAAUGCAAGCCUAACAGAACUAAAUUCGUUGUCUAAUUUAGCUGUAUUAUCAUUGAAGAUACCGGAGGUUGAAAGCAUUCCCAGAGAUUUUGUUUUUCCCGGACUGCUCAAAUAUGAUAUAAUUAUAGGGAAUUAUAAUCCAUUUAUAAGGGAUCCAGUAGGAUACCCAACCUCGACAAGAUUACAUUUGGAUAAUACAAGCGCCACAUCCUUAAAUGCAAAGAUAUCGGAGCAGUUAUUUCCUACUGUGUCUCAAAUUGUUUUUAGGAGAGUGGAGGGUUUAAAAAAUAUAGUAUUGUUAUCUGAUCAUAAGCAGCAAAACGGCUUCUUCCAGAGAUUAGAAUUUGUAGAAGUGUGGCAUUGUGGGGAUAUCUGUACUCUUUUUCCAGCAAAAGUUCUGCAAGUUUUGAAAAAUUUAAGGAGUGUGAAAAUUAAUGGCUGCAAAUCAUUAGAAGAGGUAUUUGAAUUGGAUGAUGAAAGCAAUGUCGAGGACGAGUUGCCGCUGUUGUCAUCUUUAACAAGGUUGGAGCUGGAAAUGUUACCUGAGCUCAAAUGUAUAUGGAAGGGGCCCACCAGACAUGUCAGCCUCCAAAGUCUUAUUCAUCUGAAUUUGAACCGUCUUCACAAACUAACAUUUAUCUUCACACCGUCCCUCGCUCAAAGUCUACCACGGCUAGAAAAACUUGAGAUAAGAAAUUGCCUUGAAUUGAAGCAUGUUCUAAGAGAGGAGGAUGAUGAAUGGGAAAUAAUUCCAGAGUCUCUUGGCUUCCCAAAAUUAAAAACUCUUUAUAUAUUUGCCUGUGCCGAACUUGAAUAUGUCUUCCCUGUCACUGUGUCUCCAAGUCUUCAGAACCUGGAAGAGAUCAGGAUUGAUAAUGCUAACAAUUUAAAGCAAAUAUUUUACAGUGAAGGAGAUGCACGCAUCAUCACGUUCCCUCAACUAAGAGAGUUGAUUCUUUGGUCCGAAUCAAAUUACAGCUUUUUUGGUCCAAAGAAUUUUGCUGCCCAGUUGCCUUCUCUGCAAAAUCUAACCAUUCAUGGCCAUGAAGAAUUGGGUAAUUUGUUGGUACAGCUUCAAGGGUUUUCAGAUUUGAAACAUAUAUAUGUUAGAGAAUGCGGAGGAGCACAAGAUGGAAUUCAGGUUGUAAGUUUUGUAACUGAUGGAAGAGGUGGGCAUGAACUUUCACUCCCUAGUUUGGAAAAAUUAUACUUGAACUCCUUGCCUGAUAUGAGGUGUAUAUGGAAGGGUCUCGUGCUGUGCAAUUUGACUAUUUUGGUGGUGAAUGGGUGUAAGAGACUGACACAUGUAUUCACAUACGGCAUGAUUGCUAGUCUAGUUCAACUGAAAGUUCUAAAGACAUCAAGUUGUGAAGAAUUGGAGCAAAUCAUUGCUAAGGAUGAUGAUGAAAGGUAUCAGAUGUUGUCAGGAGAUCAUCUCAUAUCUUUAUGCUUCCCUAGUUUGUGUGAAAUUGAGGUUGAAGAAUGCAACAAGUUGAAGAGUCUCUUCCCAGUAGCCAUGGCUUCAGGUAUUCCAGAGCUCCAACUACUUAAAAUAACAAAAGCCUCUCAAUUUUUGGGAGUAUUUGGGCAGAAUGAUCAAGCUUCACAUGUCAACGUUGAGAAGGAGAUGGUGCUUCCUAAACUAAAGGAGCUAUCGCUAGAACAAUUACCAUGCAUUGUCUGCUUCAGUUUUGGAUGUUGUGAUUUCUUAUUCCCUCGUUUGGAGAAGUUAAAGGUGUAUGAAUGCGCAAAGUUGAGCACAAAAUUUGCUACUACACCAGAUGGUUCAAUGAGUGCUCAAUCAGAGAUAUCUCAAGUAGCUGAAGAUUCAAGCAGUAAUAGAGAGUGGACCAGAGAUUACGGGUGGAAAGAAGGGGGUAAUUUGUUGGCACAGCUACAAAUGGCUGCCCAUGGCCAUGGGCAGCAAAACAGCUUCUUACAAAGAUUAGAAUUUGUACAAGUGAGGGAUUGUGGGGAUGUUCGCACUUCGUUUCCAGCAAAAUUGCUGCAAGCUCUGAAAAAUCUAAAGAGUGUGGAAAUUGAGGACUGCAAAUCAUUGGAAGAGGUAUUUGAAUUGGGUGAGGCUGAUGAAGGAAUCAGUGAGGAGAAGGAGCUGCCGCUGCUGUCAUCUUUAACAGAGUUACAGUUGCGAGGGUUACCUGAGCUCAAAUGCAUAUGGAAGGAGCCCACCAGACAUGUCAGCCUCCAAAGUCUUACUCUUUUGAAUUUGUAUUCUCUUAACAAACUGACUUUUAUCUUCACACUGUCCCUCGCUCAAAGUCUGCCAAAGCUAGAAAGACUUGAGAUAAGUGAUUGCGGUGAAUUGAAGUAUCUUAUCAGAGAAGAGGAUGGUGAAAGGGAAAUAAUUCCAGAGUCUCCUAGUUUCCCAGAAUUAAAAACUAUCAUCGUAUAUGACUGUGGUAAACUGGAAUAUGUCUUCCCUGUCUCUGUGUGUCCAAGUCUUCUAAGCCUGGAAGUGAUGUGGAUUUUUUAUUCUGAUAAUUUAAAGCAAAUAUUUUACAAUGGAGAAGGAGAUACACUCACCACAUAUCGCAUCAUCGAGUUCCCUCGUCUAAGAAAAUUGGCUCUUUAUUCCACAUCAAAUUACAGCUUUUUUGGUUCGAAGAAUAUUCCUGCCCAUUUGCCUUCUUUGCAAAAUCUAUGCUUGUCUGGCCACGAAGAAUUGGGUAAUUUGUCGACACAGCUACAACAAAACGGCUUCUUACAAAGAUUAGAAUUUGUACGAGUGGACGAUUGUGGGGAUGUUCGCCCUCCGUUUCCAGCAAAAUUGCUGCGAGCUUUGAAAAAUCUAAAGGAGGUGAUUGUUGACAGCUGUAAAUCAUUGGAAGAGGUAUUUGAAUUGGGUGAGGCUGAUGAAGGAAGCAGUGAGGAGAAGGAGAUGCCGCUGCUGUCAUCUUUAACAGAGUUAAAGCUGAAAAUAUUACCUGAGCUAAAAUGCAUAUGGAAGGGGCCCACCAGACAUGUCAACCUCCAAAGUCUUAUUAAUCUGGAGUUGUAUGCUCUCGACAAACUGACAUUUAUCUUCACACCGUCCCUUGCUUACAGUCUGCCAAAGCUACAAAGACUUUACAUAAGUGAUUGUGGUGAAUUGAAGCAUAUUAUCAGAGAAGAGGAUGGUGAAAGGGAAAUAAUUCCAGAGUCUCCUUGCUUCCCACAAUUAAAAAAUAUCUACAUAUAUUUCUGUGAUAAACUGGAAUAUGUCUUCCCAGUCUCUUUGUCUCAUAACAGAGAUGGCAUCAUCAAGUUCCCUCAACUAAGAGAAUUGUCUCUUGGGCUCAGAUCAAAUUACAGCUUUUUAGGUCCAAGGAAUUUUGAUGCUCAAUUGCCUUUGCAAUACUUAGCCAUUCAAGGCCACGAAGAAGUGGGUAAUUGGUUGGCACAGCUACAAAUGGCCGUCCAUGGGCAGCAAAACGGCUUCUUACAAAGAUUAGAAUUUGUACGAGUGGACGAUUGUGGGGAUGUUCGCCCUCCGUUUCCAGCAAAAUUGCUGCGAGCUUUGAAAAAUCUAAAGAGUGUGGAAAUUGAGGACUGCAAAUCAUUGGAAGAGGUAUUUGAAUUAGGUGAGCCUGAUGAAGGAAGUAGUGAGGAGAAGGAGCUGCUGUCAUCUUUAACAAUGUUAGAUCUGCAAAGGUUACCUGAGGUCAAAUGCAUAUGGAAGGGGCCCACCAGAUAUGUCAGCCUCCAAAGUCUUAAUAUUCUGAAAUUGAGAUCUCUCGACAAACUGACAUUUAUCUUCACACCGUCCCUGGCUCGAAGUCUGCCAAAGCUAGCAGGCCUCUACAUAAAUAAUUGCGCUGAAUUGCAGCAUAUUAUCAGAGAAGAGGCUGGUGAAAGGGAAAUAAUUCAAGAGUCUCCUGGCUUCCCAGAAUUAAAAACUAUCAUCAUAGAAGAGUGUGGUAAACUGGAAUAUGUCUUCCCUGUAUCUGUGUCUCCAAGCCUUCUGAACCUGGAAGAGAUGCGGAUUUUUAAAGCUCAUAAUUUAAAGCAAAUAUUUUACAGUGUAGAAGGAGAUGCACUCACCACAGAUGGCAUCAUCAAGUUCCCUAAGCUAAGAAAAUUGUCUAUUUCAAAUUGCAGCUUCUUUGGUCCAAAGAAUUUUGCUGCCCAAUUGCCUUCCUUGCAAUAUCUAAAAAUUGAUGGCCACAAAGAAUUGGGAAAUUUGUCUGCACAGAUCCAAGGGUUGACAAAUUUGAAAACAUUACGCUUGAAGUCUCUGCCUGACAUGAGUUGUAUAUGGAAGGGUCUCGUGCUGAGCAAAUUGACUACUUUGGAGAUGGCCGUCCAUGGGCAGCAAAACGACUUCUUACAAAGAUUAAAAUAUGUAGAAGUGGACGAUUGUGGGGAUGUUCGCGCUCCGUUUCCAGCAAAAUUGCUGCGAGCUUUGAAAAUUCUAAGCAGUGUGCAAAUUGAGGACUGCAAAUCAUUGGAAGAGGUAUUUGAAUUGGGUGAGCCUUAUGAAGGAAGCAGUGAGGAGAAGGAGCUGCCGCUUCCAUCAUCUUUAACCUGGUUACGGCUGUACCAGUUACCUGAGCUCAAAUGCAUAUGGAAAGGGCCUACCAGCCAUGUCAGCCUCCAAAGUCUUGCUUAUCUGUAUUUGAAUUCUCUGGACAAACUGACAUUUAUCUUUACACCGUCCCUCGUUCAGAGUCUACCACAGCUAGAAAGCCUUCACAUAAAUAAAUGCGGUGAAUUGAAGCAUAUUAUCAGAGAAGAGGAUGGUGAAAGGGAAAUAAUUCCAGAGCCUCCUUGCUUCCCAAAAUUAAAAACUAUCAGCAUAAAAGAGUGUGGUAAACUGGAAUAUGUCUUCCCUGUAUCUGUGUCUCCAAGCCUUCUGAACCUGGAAGAGAUGCAGAUUUUUGAAGCUCAUAAUUUAAAGCAAAUAUUUUACAGUGGAGAAGGAGAUGCACUCACCAGAGAUGCCAUCAUCAAGUUCCCUAAGCUAAGAAGAUUGUCUCUUUCAAAUUGCAGCUUCUUUGCUACAAAGAAUUUUGCUGCCCAAUUGCCUUCCUUGCAAAUUCUAGAAAUUGAUGGCCACAAAGAAUUGGGAAAUUUGUUUGCACAGCUCCAAGGGUUCACAAAUUUGAAAGAAUUACGCUUGCACCAUCUGCCUGACACGAGGUGUGUAUGGAAGGGUCUGAGCAAAUUGACUACUUUGAAGCAAAACGGCUUCUUACAAAGAUUAAAAUUUGUACGAGUGGACGAUUGUGGGGAUGUUCGCACUCCGUUUCCAGCAAAAUUGCUGCGAGCUUUGAACAAUCUAAAGAAGGUGAUUGUUGACAGCUGUAAAUCAUUGGAAGAGGUAUUUGAAUUAGGUGAGCCUGAUGAAGGAAGCAGUGAGGAGAAGGAGCUACCGCUUCUGUCAUCUUUAACAGAGUUACGGCUGUCAUGUUUACCUGAGCUCAAAUGUAUAUGGAAGGGGCCAUCUAGACAUGUCAGCCUUCAAAGUCUUAAUCGUCUGAAUUUGGAGUCUCUCAACAAACUGACAUUUAUCUUCACACCGUCCCUCGCUCGAAGUCUGCCAAAGCUAGAAAGACUUUACAUAAGUAAAUGCGGUCAAUUGAAGCAUAUUAUCAGAGAAGAGAAUGGUGAAAAGGAAAUAAUUCCAGAGUCUCCUGGGCAGGAUGAUCAAGCUUCACCUAUCAAUGUUGAGAAGGAGAUAGUGCUUCCUAAUCUAAAGGAGUUGUCGCUAGAACAAUUAUCAAGUAUUGUCUGUUUUAGUUUCGGAUGGUGUGAUUAUUUCUUAUUCCCUCGUUUGGAGAAGUUGAAGGUCCAUCAAUGUCCAAGGCUGACCACAAAAUUUGCUACUACACCAGAUGGUUCAAUGAGUGCUCAAUCAGAGGUAUCUGAAGUAGCUGAAUAUUCAAGCUUUAAAAGAGAGUGGACCAGAAAUAAUGGGUGGAAAGAAGUAGAAGAAGAAGAAGAAGAAGAAGAAGAUGAUGAUGAUGUUGGGUCAGAAGAGGAAGAGGAAGAGGAGGAAGAAGAAGAAGAUGAUGAUGAUGAUUGCUAGUCUAAUAAUUCUUUCUUGCCCAAACCAGGCAAGGUUGGUUAGCUGUUACAUGAUUUCAAGGUUGGUGCUGCGAAUAUGUUUUAGAUUUGGUGGGAAUUAAUUCCAACUGUUCCAUUGGCAAUGGGAUACAAAUUGGCUUCACAUUGCUGAAGAAGUUAGAAGAAUUGUUGACAGCACAGGAGUAAUGUCAUGUUGUGUAUUUAGUCAUUACUGUGCGAACCUCAAAAAAACAAUGUUGCUUGCGCAUUAUCGUACAAGCCUCCAGAAGUAAGGGCGCAUGUUUGCUUGCCCAUUUGUGUUUCUUUUGGUUUAAUGUGUGGACUUUCAUGCGUUCUCCUUUCUACGACUUGAGUAUUUUCUGCA